AUCGACAUUAGUACAAUUAAACUAUAACGUGGCCUUGGCGAGUUGAUCCUCAGCCAAGACUUACCAGAGGAUACCAAAGACGCGCGAGCCCUCGAUUGAUCCAACAACCCACUCUCCUCUCGCUGCAAUCACCACGGCCGACUACACCUCUCCCCUGACAGGAUAGGGGAGAACAGAGCAUCAUUGUUCCGUGGCGCAGCCGUGUAGUCUGGGAGGUCUUAGCUGACCAGGGUUUCAAAGGGACCGAUCCAUACUAUCUGGUGCCCGUCUUCCACGAAUGCUUCCUUCAUACUCAACGUCAAAAGGGAAAAUGCAUCGCCAUGCGUUUUCCAACGGGGCAUACCCCUCCCAAGGGGGAGGCACCUUUUCCAUACAGCCUCACAAAUUCCAGCCGCGGUCACAGCCUGCCCUAAGACGGCGAAGGACGCUGAUACAGCGUCUGCUGCUUGUGGGCUCGCUUUUCUUUACAGCGCUAUUCUUCUUUUUUCCCAACCUGCGACCAAAUUUGGGCUCUGGACCCCUGAGCCUCAUCACUUCGAGCGACGAUUCGCAACUCGAGACGGUACGAUACUACGACUUGAACAAUGUCCAGGGCACCGCAAGGGGAUGGGAGAGGGAGGAGCGGAUACUUCUCUGCGCUCCAUUACGAGACGCAUCCCCACAUCUGCCCAUGUUCUUCAGCCACCUCAAGAACCUCACAUACCCACACAACCUCAUUGACCUGGCAUUCCUGGUUGGAGAUUCCAAGGACAAUACAAUCUCACUCCUGACAGAAAAGUUGAAGGAGUUGCAGGCCGACCCGGACCCAAAGCAACAAUUCGGAGAGAUUUCGAUCAUGGAAAAGGACUUUGGACAAAAGGUCAACCAAGAUGUUGAGAGUCGACACGGUUUCGCUGCACAGGCUAGCCGCCGAAAGUCAAUGGCGCAAGCCCGCAACUGGCUCUUGAGUGCUGCUUUACGGCCUACACACAGCUGGGUAUACUGGAGAGACGUGGAUGUUGAGACUGCUCCGUUCACCAUCUUGGAGGAUCUCAUGCGCCAUAACAAAGACGUUAUUGUGCCCAAUGUCUGGCGACCGCUCCCAGACUGGCUUGGCGGGGAACAACCAUACGAUCUAAACUCGUGGCAAGAGUCCGAGACUGCGCUUGCUCUUGCGGAUACGCUCGACGAGGACGCCGUCAUUGUAGAGGGUUACGCAGAGUACGCGACCUGGCGCCCGCAUUUGGCAUACCUUCGCGACCCCUAUGGUGACCCGGACAUGGAAAUGGAAAUUGACGGUGUCGGUGGUGUCAGCAUUCUUGCAAAAGCCAAGGUCUUCCGCGCCGGUUGCCACUUCCCCGCAUUCAGUUUUGAGAAGCACGCCGAGACAGAAGGGUUCGGCAAGAUGGCCAAGCGCAUGAAGUUCUCAGUCGUCGGUCUGCCCCACUAUACCAUCUGGCAUCUUUACGAGCCUAGCGUCGACGACAUUCGGCAUAUGGAGGAAAUGGAAAAGGAACGCAAGGCGAAGGAGGCCGAAGAAGAGGCCAAGAAGGCCAAGGAAGCUAAGAUCAAAGAGUCUUUUGACGAAAAGAAGGGCGACUGGGAGAAGGAGAAGGCCGCAGUUCAGGAACUGAUUCAAAAAUCAAAGAGCGAGGCCAAGGAAGGGGAGCAGAAGGACAAGCAGCUGGAGGAGAAAAAGAAGGAAGAAGCCAAAGAAGAGAAGCUGACCGAGAAGAAGGAGGGCAAGGCAUAACCUACAGUACACAAAUAAUGUGAGGGGCUACAAGACUUGGACUUCUUUUUUUGAUGCAGCUUCGUGCAUGCAGUGGGGAUGCGCGAGUACGGCAACGACAGUAACGACUUGGGUAGACUGGGAGCGCGCAUCUGGAACGUUGGUUUCUCUCAACUCACUGCAUGCUUUGGCUGGGACCCAAUAACACCAGCAUGUAGUAUGUCAAUGUUGAGCUGGAUUUGCUUGUAGGAAUCAGAGCUUGUCGCUUUCUCUUGUGGCGGGCGUUAGACAACCAGUUUGAAGGGUUGCAUAUAUUAGACAGCAAUUAUUGCAUCACAAGGCGCCGGAGGCCUCAGCAGUAGAUUUGGCGACGUAUUCAUCUGUAAUAAUAUAUGACACU